CUAAAUGUGCUUUACUCUCAGAAUUGUAAAGGUGAGAAUUCAUUCACUCAUUCAGCAAACACUUAUUAAACAGUGUAUCAGUCAGGGUUCUAUUAUGUUCCAGGCUUUUAUAACACCUACAUGCCCUUAAGUACCUCACACUCUAGAUGGAGGGUGAGAGACAUAAAAUAAAAAUUACUGAUAAAUGUUAUAAUAAAAACAUACAUAUAUCAAGGGGAGCACUACAAAAGCAGGAACUAACUCUACGCGAGAGUAGGUUUCACCAUCAGGUCACUUCUAAACUGCAUCUUAAAUUUUUUUUAAUGUUUUAUUUUUUGAGAGACAAAGACACACCGUGGGCAGGGGAGGGGCAGAGAGAGAAGGAGACACAGAAUCCAAAGCAGGCUCCAGGCUCUGAGCUGUCAGCAUGGAGCCUGAUGCAGGGCUCAAACUCACAAGCACGAGAUCAUGACUUGAGCCGAAGUUGGACGCUCAACCAACUGAGCCACCCAGGCACCCCACUUCUAAACUGCAUCUUAAAGGUGGCUGGAAAUAGAGCAUGCUUCAUUUAUUCAGGGAAUGUUUACUGAGCACCUUCUAUGAGCCAGGCACAGUUGUAGGCACCAUAGACACUGCAGUGAACUGGACAAAGUCCCUGUUCUCUUUGCAGCAGAGAAACCUACAAUAAGCAUAUGACAAAUAAUUAUAUAUUAGGUAGUGAUGCCUAUUAAUACCACAAAACAAAGCUUUAAUAAGGGGAACAGAGAGUGAUAACGGUUACUAUUUUAGAUAGGAUAGUCAGAGAAGGCCUCUAAUGAGAUGACAUUUGAGCAGAAUCCUGAAUGAAUGAGACCAAAAAGCAAAGGGAAGCCAUUUCAGACAGAAGGGCCAGCAUGAGUAAAGGUAUAAUAGUUGUGAAAAGUGUAACAUCUUUAGUGCAAAGUGAGAUAUUCUCACUGAGCAAGAUGGAAUGCAAGCAGGGAGAGUGUGGUAGAUGAGGCUGGGAAAGAAGGAAGAGAGGGAGGGAGGAAGAAAUGGGAAAGGUCAAGAACAGUUUCUGGGUCUAAGCUUGGGUGACUGAGUGGGUGAUAAAGCCAUCAGCCAACUCGGGGACCCCUGGAGGAGAGGCAGUUUUAGGAAUGCAAAUAAUGAAUUUGAUUUGGGGCAGUGGGAAAUACAGAAUUGGAUAUUAGGAGUCAGGGCUAAAAUACAAAUUUGGCUCUUACCAGCAUGUCAUGGAAAUUUAAAAAGAAGGAGCAAGAAGAGUAGUCAACCUUGUCAGAUACUGCAGAGAAUUUUAAUAGGAUGAGAAUUUUUAAAAGGCCAUCAGAUUUGACAUUUGGAAGGUUGGCAAUAACUUCAAGAAGGCCAAUUUCAGUAGAUGUCGAUAGGGCAAAGCCACAUCAUGGUUCAGUUAGAAAGUGAAAGGGUAAGAGGCUGGGAUUGUCCAGCCAAGGUGACUGUCUUCUCCCUUCCCAAAGCUCUUCCUUGGAAGCUUUGAACCUGAGGUCAGAUCUUCUCCCACUCCUUCCUUAACUUUCUUCACAUAAAGCCUAGUACUGGAUGCUUGAGAUGGGGACAUGAUGGAGGGACAAAUAUUCUCAGAUCCUUGGGUCUCUGAUGGGAAAGGGGCCAGGGAUAGGGGAGCCUGAUGUUGGUGAAGCAGGUAUUAAAGGGAGCAUCUUCAGUGGGGAACAGCAGGUCGGGCCUGUUCUGAGACCUGUCUCCAGAGGGGGAGAAAGAUGAAACAUAUAAGUCUCUGUUGUAUGUGGAAACCGGACCAGGAAGCUGAGGUAGGCUGCAGAGCAAAGGCUCUGGGGGGCUGGUGGGGGGAAACAUGAAUAAUUAGUCAAGAAACUCAGCCCCGGUGAGAGAGUACAAUGACAAAGCGUGAGGGCUGGGAGUAGAAGCUGACAGUUAACUGACAGACACUAGAAGAAAUUUAGGGAGGGAUGCUUAGGUUUCUUAGAGCACAGGAACUGAAGAUGGGCAGGGAAGGCUAUUGGCAGUGCUUGUGACCACAAUGAUAGCAGUGAGGGGAUGGUUAAUGAAUUUAGGAAUGGUCCCAGCAAUACCUGGUAUAUAGAUGUUCAACAAAUAUUUGUGAAGCCAAAAGGGGUCGUUCCUCCACAGAUAAUGUGGAGGAAAAGGAUUCGAUACUGGAGUUCUGAAGAGCUGUUAGAAAAUGCCUAGGUUCCCUUCAGGGAGAGGAUGGAGGCAGUGACUGAGAUCCCAGACCUCUUAAAAGUACAAAGCCAGAGAGAGAGAGGCCUAUACCACGGAGGGAGUUAGAAGCAUAGACCAGGGUGGGAAACCCACUCGUUUAAUCCUGCAGACCCAAGGGAUUACCGGUAGGUCUACUAGAUUUCCUCACCCCUGCCCAAAUACACCCCUGGCCUGUUUCUCUCACCUGCACCUCCAUCUCUGCCCACUAGGGGGCGGGGCUCGAGGGCAAGGCUGGCGGCUGUUCCAAAGCCUCGAGGACCAUCAGUUCCUACCAGACUCCCUGCUCCGGUGCCGUCUUACCCCAUGGCGGGACCCAGGCCCUCAUACUUCUCCCCACUGCCAGGCAGUGGUAGGGGCGGGCCCAGAGGACCGGUGCCGGUGCGGGUUGACACUCCGGUCUGGUUGACCGCCCAGGCGGCUCCGAGCAUGCUGAUGGUCCAGCCGGGAAUCCAGCAGGGGGUCAGCCCAGGCCCUGAGGUGUGGGAGAUGCCCCUGGGUCCCCUGCCAUACAAAUUCCGGGGCGGGAUGGCACCCUGCACGCCCGGGGUCGGAACUGGCAAGGUGGGAGCCUGGUUCCCGAGCCCCUCAGAGGGCACCUUCCCCAGGCCCUACAUCGUCCUGCAGUGCAUCCCAAGGUUGGCACUGCCAGAGGACGUCUCAGCCAUAGAGAAAGAGAUGGAGCAGCUGGCCAAGGAGCUGAGGCGAAAGAGAAUGGCCCUGGGGUACUCACAGGCCGACGUGGCGUUCGCAGUGGGGGCUCUCUUUGGAAAGGUUCUUAGCCAGACAACCGUCUGCCGCUUUGAGGCCCAGCAGCUCAGCAUCGCCAACAUGUGGAAGUUGGGACUGCUGAUGAAAAUGUGGCUGGAGGAAGUGGACACCAAGAACUUUAUGGGUGUAUGCAAAAUAGAGAUGAUCCUGCAGCAGGCUCGGAAGCGAAGACAGGAAAGCAGGGAGCGACGCAUCGUAAACUAUCUGGAGAAACUCUUCUUGCAGUGCCCGAAGCCCACACCCCAGCAAAUCAGCCGCAUCGCUGGGCAGCUCCGGCUACAGAAGGAACUGGUCCGAGUUUGGUUCUAUAAUCGGAACAAGAUGGGUGGUCAGCCAACCAUUGAUUUCUCCCCACAGGAGGAUGUGGGGGCAGGGGGGUGGCCUCCUUUCCCAGGGGGGCCGGUAUGCUUUCCUCUGGCAUCAGGGCCCCAUUUUGGUUCCCCCUGCUAUGAAGAGCCCUAUUUUAUACACUUCACCCCUUACCCUGUGGAGGGGACCCACCUCUCUGCCCCAGCCACCCCUCUUGGCUACUCCAGGCUUUCAAACUGAGGGGCCCGCCCUUCUGGGCAGAGCUGAACUGGGGAAAUGGGUGAUGCCUGAGGUUCAUUUCAGGGCUGUUAACAUUAAGAGCUCCAUUAACUGUCUAAAGAGGUUAAUACUUAAGGGAUGGUUUGGGAGUUGUUUAGGAAAUUCAGGGGAGGGAAGUUGAAGUUUAUUAUUCCAGUGUUUUUACCUAGCAUUGACUUUAAGGUACAUUACGUAUAUGGUUUAGGAUAUUUUGUUUCUCUCUUUCUUUGUUAUUAAUUGAAAAUUACUUGUGUCUGUUAUUCCUUGUGAUUAUCAGUAAACAUCGGAUUUUUUUCCUUAUAAACACACCAUUGGGUGAAAAAUUCAAACACAGAAGAUUAUUUCAGUAUACCUUUUUUUUUUUUUUUAAUCAAAACCAAGCAGAACUUUAUGUAAAAAUAAACAUAGAGUCCAAGAUAAUAGUAACCUCUGGGGGAAGGUUUGAGGUUGGGGUACAGAAAGAGUAUACAAAACCUACCCAAGGGACCAUGCUGAAAUACAAGUGUUUUCUUGUGCUCCUCCCUUUCUUGAAAGAUGCUUUUUUUUUUUCCUCCUAUUCACCUUUUCAUUUAGAGUGCUCAGUUUCAGGUGGAGGUCUCAAUCCAGAUCUCCACCUUAUGGAAUCGCACUGGUUUAUCCACAGUCCUGCCCAGGUCAUUGUGUUUGGAACCCCUUUCUUACUGAGGUUGGCAAGAUGGACAACACUUGCUCAGCCUCAGCUCCAGCUUACUUCUCUGGUUCUCAGCUCCAUUUGGUUUAUUACCUGGCUGUUUUCCUUACUUUCUUUUGAACUCAGAUAUGCAUCUUAGAGAAUAUCUGUGAUGGUUGAGUCAACAUUCCUGGUUUUUGUGAUGGUAUAUCUUAUACCACUUUUCCAAUCUCUCCUAUGAAAUUGGUCUUUUCUAGUUUUCUCCUUCUACAUUGGUAAAUUUUGAUCGUCAUAUACUAAACAGACAUACCUGCAUGUAAUAUUUAUUGCUUUCUGAUUCCAUCACUGAAUAUUAUAUAUGAGUUUGUCUUCUUAAUUACUAAUCUUGUCAGUUUUUUCUUUCUCCGUUUUUUCCCCUUAAUCAGUUCUUACAAAAUAUUUAUCUAUAGGUAUUUUUCAAAGACCAAGUAUUUGUAAAAAUGUUUAUCUUAUUUACUGCUGUUUUUAUUUUAUUUUAUAAUUAAUUAACUUUUAACUUUUAUUUCUAUUAAUUGCUUUUUUCUAGUUUUCUCUGAUUUCUCCCAAUGUAUAUUUUUCUCUUGUCAGUGUUUGAAGAUAAAACGCUGAUGAUACAUAGAGGUUUGUGAAGAUAGAGACAAACUUUAGAUUCAAUAGAUGACUAAUCACUCAUUCUUGGACUCUCCCAGUAAAAGUCACAGAGCACCAGUCUCAUUUCUUCCUUUUCCCAGACAGCCCUUCUGGACAACCUUGAAAGGGAGAUGUUUCUGCAGAGGGCCAGGUAGUAUUUAAUGCUGGGAUGAACAACUGUGGUUGUGUCAACAUUCAGCUCCUAAAAGAUAUGAGGAGGCUCUCUCUCACCCAGGCUGCUUCUUGAAUUCUGUAGCCCCUGCAUAUUUGGAGAAUUGGUAAUAGGCUUUUGAUCUCGGGAACAGCUCCAAGGACCUGCAUCAGCACCUGCACAGCUGCGUCUUGCACACAGCUUCUGCACCUCUGGUUAGGCAAGCACCACGUUGUGUCAUUGAUCAGCCUUCACAUAACUUAAAAUGCGAUUUUUCCAUCACUGGUCCUCUUGACUUGACUAUGUAAAGAGAAAAGGCUGGACCUUAGGGAAACUUUGAUCUUUAAAGGAUUUCAGGUUUUUCAAAGAUUUAAGAUUAUGGGUAGAAACCUUAAUAAUAAAACCCCCCAAAACUGAGAAUUGAAUUGCCCUUAGAAUUGGGAGAAAACCAACAAUGUGGUGUCAGUGCUGAACAGUAUCAAAUAUACAGAGAUCAAAGUAACAUAAAAUCAAGUCAGAUAUACCAUGUCGCUAGCAAAGGUGUCAGUGAUACUAGAGUGAAAACAUUUUCAGUGGAAUGGUUGGCAGAGGCAAAAGUCAAACAGUAGUCCAGAGUCUCCGUAUUUACCAGAUUUCCCCUAAUGUCAAUUAGAAACACGAAUUCCAGCCACUCAAUAAGAUCUUCACCGUCAUUCCGAAAUAUUUCUUUUAUCAAAUGUUUCCUUUAUCUCAUGUUUUCUUUAGACAAGGCAAGUAUUCUUAACCUGAAGACGUCGAACCCCUUUACAGUACAGGCAGAAUAGUGUGUUUGUACAUGUGUGCAUCUUUAAAGAUGGUGAUGAUAGCUUUUAUCACAUUCUCAAAGGAGACGUAGCUCUUUGUAGAUCUACGGUUUCAGAAUUUUAGAAAUACAUUCCCUUUGGCCACCUUACUCUCAAGAGUUUUCCCUUGACCCAAUACCAGUCUAACAGGUAAUUCCUGGUUUUCUUUGAAUCUGUAUAUUCUGGAUAUCUCUAGCUCAGCGUAGAAUAGAGGACCUGAACCACUUCUUACAUAAGUCUUUCAAAUUCAGCCAAAUACUCUAUUAAUUUUUGCCUUUAUUGUUCUUAUACUUUCAUCAGUCUUUGACACUUUAAUGAGUUUCCUAUCAUAAAGAACAAUUUCUCUUGUUCCUAGAAUCUUUCC